AUGUCGACAUUCGUGCUCGUGGGCGUGGAGCUCAUCACCGCGAAAGGGUUGUACCCGCCCGUCGUCGUGGACGUGUUCAUGCCGCUACGCCGCAAAUCGAACCUCGAAUUCGCCCUACUGCUGGCUGGAGUUGCUAUGACGGAUCUCCCACCCUUCCUGCGUGUCAUCAACGGUACUGUCCCUGCCAGCGCUCGGCUGCUAACCUGA